AGACACUGACCGAUUCCAGCAAACUCUCAGUUGUGAAGUAGACUUGGUUUGGGGUUUCAUCAUUAGAAUCAAUGGCCGUCUGGAUUGUCUACCUGUCUCUCUGCCUUCUCUUUUCUAUGAGUGGUGCAGAGGAAAUACAGCAUCAGAGAGCAGCCAGAAACACACGCUGUAACAAUUGUCCAGUCGGGUGGGCUGAAUAUGAAUGUAGAUGCUUCAGGUUUUUCAACACACCACUCACCUGGACUGCUGCAGAGAAAACCUGUUUGACUUAUGGUAAUAACCUUGCUUCUGUCCACAACCAUAAGGAGUACAUUUUUAUACAGAGCAUAAUCCGACAACAGACUCAUUCUUCACCAAGAACCUGGAUAGGAGGCCAUGAUACAUUGUCUAAGAACUUCUGGGUUUGGACUAAUGGUAAACAAAUGGAUUUCCAAAUUUGGGCCCCUGGAGAACCCAAUAACCUUAGAGGUCGUGAGCACUGCAUUGAGAUGAACUUUAGAGAUACAAGCAACUGGAAUGAUUUGAACUGUUCUGAGAAGAGACCUUUUGUGUGCAGCAUAAACUGAACAUCAGCCUCACCUUUUAUCUCACUUUAAAUGUUAGACCAUUUAAAUGUUAACUGUUCAGAGGAGCUCAAUAAAUGUCAAGCAAAACGCAUAAAGUUUUUUCUUCUUCUGAGAAUCUGUCUUGCAGCACAAAUAAGACUGCCUGUUUAAUAAUUGGUAAUUAGAAUACAGUUACAUUCAAAAAGUAUUUUGAUUACUGAAGAGAUUACUUUGCAUUUUAUUGUCAUUUGUUUCAUUUCAUAUUUAGUCCUUUCAGAUGUAAAACAUUUAU